AUGAAAAUAAUUACAAACUUAUUGAAAGAUGCAAGAGAUGAAUGGCUUGUACGAACCACGGCCACAAUUAACUCUGCUAACCCCAUCGUGGACAGAAUAAUGGAUGAUGAUUCAGUAGAAGGCGUAAUAAUGACCAACAAAGAAGGGGCCCCGAUAUUGACCAAUAUGAGCGUUACUAGCGCCACGAAUUAUGGCAGAGCUCUUCACAAGUUUGGACAAAUAUCGCAAAUCUACAUUAAAGAACUGAACCCUGUCGAAGAAAUAAUAAUAAUACGAAUCCAUACAAAGAAAGAUGAAAUAAUGGUGGCACCAGACAGUGAGUUCAACAUCAUGGUGAUACAACACGCUAGAUCCCAUCACAAGCCGAAAGACAAGAAAAUAAAAGACAAAUGAUCGACAAACUCUCAAGUUUAAAAAUAAUCUAUUGUUUAUUAUGGCAUUGUUUUUAUAAGGAAUAAACACUGAAAU